AUGAGAUCUCCAGAGGUUUCCAAUGGUGCACCGGCGACCACUGUCCGCACGCGCGGAUAUCAACAAGAGAUGUUGGAUGAAAGUCUUCGCAUGAAUCUUGUCAUUGCGUUGGACACCGGCUCUGGGAAGACUCAUAUCGCUGUGCUCAGAAUGAAGUUGGAAUCUGAGCGUGAACUCUCGAAGGUGUCGUGGUUUCUGGCGCCCACCGUUGCCCUUGUCGAGCAGCAAAGCGAAGUCAUCAAAAGCGCUAUCCCAGUUUCUGUGACAGCGAUAUCUGGUGCUUCCGAACCCAAACAAUGGAUCGAUCCCAAGUUGUGGCGGAGCGUUCUAGACACUCAUCGCGUAAUUGUAUCGACGCCGCAGAUAUUACUUGACGCACUACACCAUGGAUACAUAGACCUCGGUAGAGACAUAGGCCUCCUGAUCUUCGAUGAAGCUCACCACGCAAUGUCCAAACAUCCUUACAACAUGAUCAUGCAGAAUUUUUACUUUUCUCUUCCUCCACGUUCGGAGUGCGUGAACACGAAUGGUAGAAUGAGGCCAAUGGUGCUCGGCCUAACCGCCAGCCCUAUUUACGGAGGGAAUGUGGACGCCUCUUUCCAUGCAUUGGAGCGGAACCUUGACAGCACAAUCCGGUCAUCCAGAAUGCACCGCGAAGAGCUUGCUCAAUACGUACACAGGCCGGUCUUCAAACACAUCUUCUAUGACUGUCCGCCUUAUCUCGAAGACGAAAUCCCCUCAGCCAAUUAUCAAGCUUUGCAGUCGGUAGUUGAUUUAAUGAAGAUAGAGGACGAUCCAUAUGUCAAGUCACUGCGAAAUCAGCUAAAGCGAGCCAAUCCCGGGGACGAGUGGAGGCGCAUCGAUCAGCAACUGUCGAAGACCAUCCGCAAAGAGGACACAUUUUGUCAUAAAGGCUUGAGAGAUUUCGCUCGAGCGGCCCAAGACAUAGGACUAGAACUCGGACCGUGGGCGGCGGAUUGGUAUGUCCUUGAAGUCAUUGAACAGGCACAGCGUGCCGCGGAUCCUUACAAUAACAUCAUGGCAAGCUGGGGGAAUACCGAGAAGCGAUAUCUCCUAGAUACUUUGGCUAAGGUAAAACCUAUCAAGGUGCCCUUCGACGAAAAUGCCCUUUUUUCUGGCCUCUCUAGCAAGGUCUGGACCUUGGCCAAUUGUCUUGUCGCGGAGGAGAAGGAAUUCAGAUCGCAGAACGAAAGUUACAGCGGUCUUGUCUUCGUCACCCGUCGGGAUACGGUACUUGCCUUAGCAGAGGUACUUAGGCGAUUGCCCCAGACUGGACAGCUUUUCCGUAUAGGCUGUCUUGUUGGUAGUUCCUCGAGUUUUAGUCGACAUGCUUUCCUUGAUAUCACCCGGCAGCUGGUCAUAGAUUCUCAUUUAGAUACCCUCGCUGAAUUUAGGAGCGGAGAAAAGAACCUGAUCAUCUCCACCUCAGUGGCUGAGGAAGGGAUCGACAUUCAGGCGUGCGGGAGUGUCAUCCGAUUUGACCUACCUCCGAAUACCGUAUCAUGGGCGCAAAGCAGGGGCAGAGCGCGAAAGAGUAGGAGCAGUUUCGUUCUGAUGUUUGAGAAUGGAGCAGAACAACGACAGAAAGUUGAAGAGUGGGAGCAGACGGAAUAUAAGAUGAUGACCCUAUACAAUGAUCCUAACAGGAUUUCCGGUGCAGUUUUCGAGGAAGACGAUGACGAGGAGGUCGAUCUGCAAUAUGUCGUGCCAUCUACAGGUGCCAUUCUUACCCUGCAUUCUGCUACCAGUCAUUUGAAUCACUUUUGUGCGGUCCUCCCUAACUCUGCUUAUCAGUAUGCAGCAUAUGAUCUCGAUCCUCCCGACUUCCCCGAAGACUGGCAUUCCAAACAAGAUGAAGAGAAAGGUAUUCCUGUCUAUCAGGGACCGUGGGGUGCUACCAUAACGUUACCCAGAGCGCUUCCGAAGCACUUACGUACCUUUACUACACCCCGAGAACACAGAACAAAGCGGUCAGCUCAACGACACGUAGCCUUCCAAGCCUAUGUCGAACUCCACAAGGCGGGAUUGUUAAACGACCAUCUCUUGCCUCUGACGAGUGCCAUGGAGCCCGAUCAGGGUGAAGAAGUGAAACAGCUCUUGGCAGAGAUCGAGAAGCGUGCCGGGAUGGAACAGGUGUCCAUCCAGAUGGAUCCCUGGGCUCCAGAGACAAACAGUCACGGAUGGUGGCGAGCAGAGCUCGUCAUAGCUAGCCUGCCAAAGUUAUACAUAUUAACCAGAGACACUCUGCCGCCGCUUUCCGAUGAAGAGUCGCCGACGCUGCACUUGCCCGGGCGAGGUAGCGUGAAAGUGCGGAUUCAACCCCUAGGUCGAUUUGACGGAGGGAGCGAUUACAUCGAGCGCGCGCGAGAAUACACUCGUCGCUUAUUCUUCACGCUAUACGGCUCUCACACGGAUCCGGACAAAACCGACUUCUCUUAUCUUUUCUUGCCGGCACAGGAAAAUAAAGACGAACCUGGGUGGGAGAAACGUCGCAAAUGGAUGAAGCGUCGUCUCGAGCGCGCUGUGGCGACGCGCCUGGAAACCGCCGAACGAGCUAAUGUCGAGGCGUUCAACAAGCAGUUCGGGUUUCCAACGGAUCUUUCCCUCAUUCGGUCGAAUGAGAGGUUUGGCAAAUUUAGGCGGUUCGUCCGAUGGCGCUACGAGCUUCUUACGGAGGAAGAGGAGGAAGAACUUCGUGAGAGAUACGAAUCCCAUCCGGAUAUUCGCAUCACAUACCCACUGCUGGAGGUGCAAGCCUUCCCGCAGCGUGCAAACUUCCUCAUUCCUCUUGCGGCCCCCAGCGAAGGUCUUCCCAACGAGGAAUCGAUUUUUUUGCUGCCUAGUCUCGCGACCGUAGAGCUAGUAUCUAACCAAGACGUCUACUUCGCCAUGUACCUACCAUCUGUCCUCAGGGCCCUGGCGAACGUUUUGACGGUCGUUUCCCUGCGUGAGACACUGUUGGCUGGAUCACCAGUAUCUCAGGCACCAUUUUCUCUCCUCACCACUGCCGUGACGGCACCUGUCUCUCAAGAACUGUCCAACUACCAGCGGCUGGAGACAUUGGGUGAUACCGUGCUGAAAUAUGUCACCACCAUCCAGCUUUUCGCCGAUCACCCUCUCUGGCACGAGGGAUAUCUUGCCCGACGCAAAGAUCACGCUGUGUCCAACAUUCAGCUCGCAAAGCAAGCGAUUUCGAAGCGCCUGUAUCAGUGGAUCAUUCGCGACCGCUUUGUGCCCAGAAAGUGGAGACCUCAUUAUAUCACGGAUGUAGACGUACAGAACGUGAGUACAGAGGAAACAAUACCACUCGACGAUAAGAAGAAGAAGACGCAGGCAUUGUCUACGAAAGUCUUGGCAGACGUUGUCGAAUCGCUCAUCGGGGCUGCAUAUGAGCAUGGAGGGUUCGAUCUCGCGGUCGACUGCACCUCGAUAUUCGGCAUGGGCCUCACCUGGAAGAAGAUCCCCGUGCACAUAGAGAACAUCCUUGCCAUCACCGAGGAGCUUGAGAAUCCUCCGCCACAGCUUGCUCUUGUGGAGCGCAUGAUCGGCUACCAGUUCUCUCGCAAGGCUCUGCUCGUCCAGGCGCUCACGCACGCCAGCUACCACGGCGACACGGCGUCCAUGUCCUACGAACGUCUCGAGUUCCUCGGCGACAGCGCUCUGGACAUGAUCGUCACAGACUUCCUCUACCACGCGCCGGGCAAGAACUACAAGCCGGGCCACAUGCACAUCCGCAAGGAGGCGCUCGUGAACUCCCACUUCCUGGCCUUCAUCUGCCUCCGGACCCACACCGACGUCGACGGGAUCUCGCACCGGUGGACCCCCGCGGAGGGCGUGACGACCACGCCCGACCGGCAGACGAUCCACCUCUACCAGUGCCUGCUGCACUCGAGCCACCGCGUGCUGGACGACCAGAACGUCGCGUUCGGCCGGUACAAGCGGGGCGGCCAGGACAUCCAGGACGCGCUGGACCGCGACGCGAUAUACCCCUGGGCCGCGCUGACGAGCCUGCAGUCGCCAAAGUUCGUCAGCGACAUGGUGGAGAGCCUGCUCGGCGCGGUCUUUGUCGACGCCGCGGGAGACCUCGGCGCGGUCCGCGGGGUGCUGCGCACGCUGGGCGUCGUCGGGAUCAUGGAGCGCAUCGUCGCGGACGACGUCGACGUGCAGCACCCCAUCUCGCGCCUGACGAUCUGGGCGGACAAGCAGGAGCCGAAGCGGAAGGCGAAGCUCGAGGUCACCAGAGCGGACGGGAACGUCUCCUGCGCUGUGCUCGUAGACGGCUCCGAGGUCGUCGAAGUGACGGAGGUCUAUCGGAGCAGGGCGAGCCAGGAAGAGGUGCGGUUUGCGGCUGCGGAGAAGGCCAUCAAGAUACUCAACGUCAUCGAGGACGACGACGAUUGGGGCGACCCGUUAGAGUACGAUUGGUAG